AUGCUCUGCGCCAGCAUUAAAGUUCGUUUUAUAGCAUUGAUUAAACAUUUGAAAGAGAUCAAGUCAAGUCAGACGUCAUUUGUGGUAAACACAACGACUACAAAAUAUAUAGCAGUGACAAAAAGUAUUGAAAAGCUGUCGCAGCUUAAGGAAGUUUCUUUGAUUUAUGAUGAGGUGUUGGAAAUAAUUUUGCUGCUGAAUGAAUCAUUCUCAACCCUAUUGAGUUUCGCCUUCGGUACUUUGUUUUUAUUCUUCACGCUCAACUCCUUUUGUACUUUUUUCAUGAUGACGACGAAAAAUUUUACAAUUUUCCAGUUGAUUGAAAAAGCACAUUGGAUAUUGUUGUCGGCAUUUGCGAUUUUUUCUUUAUGUUACACCACCGAGUCAACAAAUAAAGCUAUCAGCGAUUGUGCAUCUCUCUUGAAUACAAUUUAUUCACAUGAUGACUUCGAAAACAUUAAUCAUAAAGUCGAAAUAGAAAUCAUUCUGACAAAGAUCAUCAUUCAAAUGGAGUCAUUUGUUUUCACCUGUGGAUAUUUCGACAUCAAUAUGAAAAUGUUACAUUCAUUUGUGUACACAUCAAUUACAUAUUUGGUGAUCCUAUUACAGUUCAAUUUUGAAGAAGUUGAAACGUCAUCUCCACCCACAAUUGCACAUUAA